AUGGGCCUCUUCGACAGACUGAAGUGCUACACCUCAGAAUCCGAAACCGACCUUCUCAUCCCUUAUGUCUCCGACGACGACGACGAAGAUGAAGAAGAAGACUCCGAUCACGAACCUGAUGCCUUCGGCCACUGCUGGCACUGCGACGCCCCUUUACCUCUGCCCACCUCAGAUGAAACCAACGUCGACUGUCUCGAAUGUCAGUUUCCGAACUAA